AUGGGUAACCUAGAAUCUUCGCUGAAGGGAGAUAGUGUGGUGCGCAGCAAAAAUCUAGAGAAACAAAUAGACAACCUUCGCCAGCAGCAAUUUGAAGAAAAUCAUUUCAUUCAAGAGGCUGAUGACCAGCUGAGUAAGAACAAGCUGAGACCCGGAACAGAUGCUCAACUAUGGCUCGACAGAUACUCUGCUCAACAACGUAAAGAGACACUUGAAGAGCAAAUUCAGGCUCUUAGAAGUCAAGCCCAUUCUAAAGAUGAUGCGCCAUCUAGGCCUCAGAAUGCUCACAUUCGUGACGGUCAAAUCGACUGGUUGCAGGGUCUGCCCGAAGGAGAACCUAUUCCGCGGAUCAACAGCGAAAACUUGCCAAUAUAUUGCUAUGAUGCUUUCAAACAAUCAGAAAUGAUACGACUACUGAUCUUGCACCCAUCUUCAGACCCCAAAAGCAUUCUCCGUUGCUCUCUUCGCUCCGUAGAUCAGACCGAGGCUCUUAGCUCCAAAUACGAAGCCCUCUCAUACACAUGGGGAGCCCCGUUCUUUGUUCACAAAAUGCAUCUUGAACAAGGCUGCAUCAAAAUUACCGAAAGCUUGAAUUCAGCACUACGUGCACUUCGGCUCUCGGACAAGCCCCGUGUCCUAUGGGUGGAUGCAGUGUGCAUCGACCAGCAGAACAAUGCUGAGAAAGCACAGCAAUUACCUCACAUGAGUUGGAUUUACGCAAGUGCGUCGCAGGUCGUUAUUUGGCUUGAUGAAGAUACUGAUGGGACGGCAAAAGCGGGCUUUGAAGUAGCAAGGGAACUACAUAGAUUGACCUGGGCGUUGGGACUUCCAGAGGCGACUAGUGUCAAUGAGGAUCAAUACGAAGAAUACAUGCCCAAAUUCGAGGCAAAUCUUCGCUCCAUGGGCUGUACCCAAUUCUUCAACAUCCUCGCGAAAGCAUGGUUUACAAGAACUUGGACUUUACAAGAAGUGGUCCUCAGCUCGCGGGCCCUCGUACUUUGCGGAUUCAAAUAUGACAUCCGCAAGCAAUUGCACAUCCGACAGAUACUUCGCGCAACACCAUCACGGAAGUUUGAGCAGCUGUGUCUCCCCUUUGUUAAAGGCACCGGUGACUACCAACUCAUCGGCGAAUGCUAUCUGCACGGUUAUAUGAAGGGAGAGGAGAAUCCUGAAGAUAGGCCGCAAGAGGAAGAGCAGUGGUUCUCUCUCGUCUAG